AUGAAGUUUUACCAGCACAUCCUAGCCUUGGCAUUUGCCAUCCAUGAGAUCAACCAGAACCCUAGGAUCUUGCCCAAUGUCACCCUUGGCUUCCACAUCUACGAUAGCUAUUCUAAUGCGAGGAUGACAUACAGGACUACUCUGGAUCUCCUCUUCAAAAUGCAUAGGAUUGUCCCCAACUAUGAGUGUGACAUUCAGAAGAACCUCAUCCACCACUUGCUUCAAAGCAUUUCGUUCAACAACUCAGCGGGUGAAACCGUGUCCUUUGAUGAUAAUAGGGAAACGGUUGGAGGACUGGACAUAAGGAAUGUGGUCAUGUUCCAUAACAACUCUUUCCAGUUGUUGAAAGUUGGAAAGGUGGAUCGGAAUGCCUUGGGAGGAAAAGAAUUCAUCCUUAAGGACAAUAUGAUUGUGUGGCAUGGGCGUUUUAACCAGGUACAUCCCAUUUCUCUGUGCAAUAAACACUGUUCUUCUGGUUAUCAGAAAAAAAAUAAGGAAGGGAAGAAAUUUUGCUGCUAUGAUUGUGUUCCGUGCCCAGAAGGGAAGAUCUCCAACCAGACUGAUAUGGAUGACUGUUUCCCAUGCCCAGAGGACCAAUAUCCAAAUGAGAAUAAAAAUGGGUGUAUCCCCAAAACUAUACACUUUCUGUCUUUUGAAGAACCUUUAGGGAGUGGCUUAGCCUCACUCGCUCUUUCAUUUGCCUUGAUGACGGCCUUUAUCCUUGGGAUUUUUAUCAAGCACAGAGAUACUCCUCUAGUCAAAGCCAACAACAGGGACCUCACUUACGUCCUCCUGGUUUCUCUCCUCCUCUGCUUCCUGUCUUCUUUGCUCUUCCUUGGACAACCAGGGAAAGUGACUUGCCUUCUCCGACAAACAGCUUUUGGCGUCACCUUCUCUACGGCCAUCUCUUCUGUUCUGGCAAAAACCACCAUCGUUGCUCUUGCGUUCCUAGCGACAAAGCCAGGAUCUCGGAUGACAAAGUGGGUGGGCAAAGGCCUGGCCCUUUCGGUUGUUCUCCCAUGCUCCCUUGUUCAAGCAAGCCUUUGCACGCUGUGGUUGGCGUUCUUUCCUCCAUUCCCUGAGUUAGACACACAAUCCGUGCUUGAGGAAAUCAUUCUGCAAUGCAACGAAGGGUCUGUCACCAUGUUUUACUGUGUCUUGGGCUACUUGGGUCUUCUGGCCACGGCCAGCUUCUUUGUGGCCUUCCUAGUCCGUAAGUUACCGGACAGCUUUAACGAAGCCAAAUUUAUUACCUUCAGCAUGCUGUUUUUUUGCAGUGUGUGGCUUUCCUUUGUUCCGUCAUACUUGAGCUGUAAAGGGAAGCACAUGGUGGCUGUGGAGGUCUUCUCUAUUUUGUUCUCUACGGCAGGCUUGUUGGGUUGCAUCUUUUUCCCUAAAUGCUACAUCAUUGUCUUGAGGCCUUCUCUGAACCAGAGGGAGCAACUAAUCAGGAGAAAGCAUUAA